UGCAGUUGUCGUUCCAAAGGAAAAGGAAAAUUGGCAGCUGGUUGUGGUGUUCGCUGCUCGCCACCGACUUUCCCGGCGCCACCGCACCGUGCACCGGCCCCACCGGCGGCGACGAUGGGUAACUCACAGGCCUCUCCCUCGUCCGCCUCCUCUGCCAGCUUCGUCAUGGCCUCCAGGGCCUUCUCGAAGCAGGCGCUGGACGAACUGCGCGCGCACUUCUCCUCGCUCGCCGCGCAGUCGGGGACCCAGGGGCGCGCCAUAUCCCGCCCCGUUUUCCUUGAUUAUUUCGGGGUACGUGGGGCGCUCGGCGAUAGGCUAUUCCAGUUGGUGGCGAAGGAGAGCAGCGUGGAAGAUGGAGUCACCUUCGAGGGUUUGAUUAUCACCAAAGCAACAUAUGAAAGGGGAACUAAAGAUGAAGCCGAUGAGUUCAUUUUUCAACUGUGCGAUGUGAUGGGAGAUAGUAUCUUAACAAGGUCUGAUCUGGAAGCUGUAUUUGCGUCCAUUCAUGAAACCAUAUUUGCAGAUAAUAAUGAAGCCAAGGAAGGUUCUAACAAGAGUACAUUUGAAGCAUUUCUCAACUCUGCGGUAUUUUCGAAGGAUGCUGAAGGGGUCUCUGAGAAGUCUAUGUCAUUAUCAGACUUUAGAAACUGGUGUAUUGUCAUGCCAAAACUGAGGAAAUUCCUUGGAAGUUUGUUGAUGCCCCCUGACUCAGGCAGAGCCGGCUUCCAGAUACCUCUACUUCAUUAUCCAGAAAACAUCUCCUCCGAGUUGCUACUCUUAAAUAAAGAGUAUGCUUGGCAUAUAGGAGGUGGCUUCUCUCAACAUGAUGUGCAAGAGUGGAAGCUUCUAUAUCACAGUUCUCUUCAUGGACAAAGCUUCAACACUUUCUUAGGCAAUGUGACGAAUGGAGAUGUACAGACUGUUUUGGUUAUUAAAGAUGCAGAAGGUUCCAUUUAUGGUGCAUAUGCAUCACAACCAUGGGAAAGGCACAGUGAUUUUUAUGGUGACAUGAAGACAUUCCUUUUCAAGUUAUAUCCCGAAGCGUCCAUAUUUCGCCCUACAGGAGCAAACAAAAGUUUGCAAUGGUGUGCUGUAAACUUCACCUCUGAGAACAUUCCAAAUGGCAUCGGCUUUGGAGGCAAGCCACAUCACUUUGGCCUCUUCCUCUCUGCGGGUUUCGAUCAAGGGCACUCAUUUACCUCCAGCACAUUCACCAAUCCUCCCCUUUCCAACACGAGCAGGUUCAGACCAGAAGUUAUUGAAUGUUGGGGGAUACAAGUGAAGGGAUCAAAUGAUGAAAAGCCGGAGCUUGUCAAGGGGACGGUCCUUGAGAGAUUCAAGGAGGAUCGGAACAUGCUGAAGCUGAUUGGUAUGGCGAGUGCGAGUGACUGAGCACUGAAAAAAAUCACAAUAGCAGAUAUUUGGAGGUUGUGUACAGCACUCUUUUUAUGGGAAAUAAUACCUUACUUGUAUCUGGUUGCUACUCUUGAGUUUUAUUUAGCUCUUGGAGCUUUUUUGUUUCACAUCCAGAGUGAUACAAGGUUAGCUGCAUGGAGUUGUUGGUUUAUACUGUAUGGAUCCAGGACGUCAUUUUCUGCCCAGUUCGAGAGCAGGGAGUAACUGUCUGUUCAUUUGUCAAGAUGGAUCUUCGAAAGCUGGCUGCUGAUUAAAGGAUGUAUGAAAUGUGUUCUAAAACUAAAUCAAUGUAGCAUGUAUUGGGGUGGAUAAAGUAAUGAGUGGAUACAGUUCAGUUCUCUUGAA